AUGCCGUAUGCAGCUGCCCGGCCGUCGCUUCAGCAGCACAGCCGGAUCAGCUCCGGCUGUAAGGCGUUGGUGGCGCACGGCGCAGCAGUGCCCGGCGAGGUGGCGCUGUACCAUGAGCACGCGGCCGGCGCGGGGCAGUGCUGCUCGGCCGUGGUGCAGGCGAUCGCGGCGCCCGUGGAGGCGGUGUGGUCGGUCGUGCGGCGCUUCGACCGGCCGCAGGCGUACAAGCGCUUCAUCAAGAGCUGCCGCGUGGUGGACGGCGACGGCGGCGCGGUGGGGUCGGUGCGGGAGGUGCGCGUGGUCUCCGGCCUGCCUGGCACGAGCAGCCGCGAGCGGCUCGAGAUUCUGGACGACGAGCGGCGGGUGCUCAGCUUCCGGAUCGUGGGCGGUGAGCACCGCCUCGCCAAUUACCGGUCCGUGACCACCGUGAACGAGGUGGCGUCGACGGUGGCGGCCGGGGCGCCGCGGGUGACUCUGGUGGUCGAGUCGUACGUGGUGGACGUGCCGCCUGGGAACACCAGCGACGAGACGCGCCUGUUCGUGGACACCAUCGUGCGGUGCAACCUCCAGUCGCUGGCGCGCACGGCGGAGCAACUCGCGCUGGCUGUGCCGCACGUCAACUGA